AUGGCUGAGGUGCAUAUUAUCGGAGAGAUUGAAAGUGCGUCUGGAUUCCCCGAACAACGCCUUUUUUGUCGUUGGGAACUUAGAUUUGGUGGCGGAUGGCGUGUAAUAGAAGGCGUGAGCAAAGGACAAACUCAGACCGACUUAGCUGAAUACCGAGAUUUCGCAUCCUUUUCACAUCCAUUGGAUAUACAUCUUGUCACUAAAACCAUACAAGGAUGGCCUUCAAUUAGUCUACAAAUUUGGCACUACGACGAAUUUGGUCGCCAGGAACUGUAUGGUUACGGGUCUAUAUAUUUACCAGCUUCUCCUGGUGAACAUCAAAUGAAGUGCUAUACGUGGAGGCCGAAAGGUGGUUUACGUGAAGAAAUGAUGCAAUACUUUAUUGGAGGUGGUUUACAGCUUAGCAAUGAAACUUCGACACGACUCGAUGAACAUUCAAGAUUACAUACUGUAUCCAUGGGUGUCGUUAGAUUGCACAUUUCAGUGAUAACCAAGAAUUUUGAUCGUUUCGGAAUUCAGUGUUGA